UGUGUAACCAAGCAACCGCUGGACGGAGGAAAGGAGGAGGAAGCCGUUGACGGAGCCUCGGUGACAAACGAGAAAGGACGGCAGGUCCGGUUUCCUGUCUGAUGGGCAUAAGCCGUGAGUUACGCACACGGAUGGAUUGCUGAGGCUUCGCCUAUGCGGGAGGAGGAUGAGAGGACGUGACCGACACAAUACCACUCUCCCGUUUCUGCUCUGCGCAGUGUUUGGUCGUGUGACUUGUUCCUAUCAGGCAGGAUCCAACAAUGGGAAUAAGCAAUGCUGUAGUCAACCUGUUCCGCAAGAUCAAGUUUUUGCUUCUAGUUGCCGUGUGCUUAAUACUGGUUAGCUGUGCCAGCUUUUACCUUAGGGACAGAACACACAGCUCCUCAGAAUACGAGUCUGCAGCUGAUAAAUUUUGGGGACAUAAGUCACUUGAGAAGACUGAAGAAAAAGGAAAACCAACUGUUGUAGAAGUGACCACCGAAAUGGAUUUACAAAUGUGUCCGGCCCUGUCACCUUAUAUGAAAGGGGUUGUACCACUCACCUUUCCGCCCUCCCUAAGUUUACAAGAAGUGAGCAAGAAGAACCCAAUGGUGGAGAAUGGGAAUUACCGCCCAGAGAACUGCAAGUCCCAGCAAAAAGUAGCCAUCCUAAUCCCGCACCGGAACCGGGAGAAACACCUCCUCUACCUGCUUUAUCACUUACAUCCGUUCCUCCAGAGACAGCAGCUGGAAUACGGCAUCUUUGUUAUUCACCAGGCUGGGGAUGGCAAAUUCAAUAGAGCCAAGUUACUCAACGUUGGAUACUUGGAGAUGUUGAAAGAGAAGUGGGACUGUUUUAUACUCCAUGAUGUGGAUCUGGUACCAGAGAAUGAUUUUAACACUUACCUAUGCGACAGUCUACCCAAGCACCUGGCUGUGAGUCGUAAUACCACCAAAUACAAGUUGCUGUAUAGUGGCUACUUCGGAGGCGUGACGGCAAUGAGCCGGGACCAGUUUGCCAGAGUGAAUGGUUUCUCGAACAGUUACUGGGGCUGGGGAGCAGAGGACGACGAUCUGCGGUUGAGGGUGGGAUUCAGCAAGAUGGCGCUGGUCCGGCCUUCCCCAGAAAUAGCCAGAUACAGCAUGAUUUUUCACACCAGAGAUACAGGCAACGAGGUCAACGGUAAGAGGAUGCAGUUGCUGAAGAAAGCCUCCAAAGUGUGGAAGACGGACGGGCUUAAUUCCUGCACCUACAAGCUGCUGUCUGUCCAACACGAGCCCUUAUACACCAACAUCACAGUUGAUAUAGGAAAGCCCCAAUAACGGGAGCCCAUACCAGACGAGUUGGCUGGCAGACACCAGUGUGGCAGAGCACGCCCGGUUUCUGCUGCUCAGGAUAAUACGGACAAACCCUGGAAAGUCAUCCGCAGACUGUCUCUAAGACAUCACAGACCUUUCUGAUUGGACGUCUGUAGGAAGAACUCCCAACGUUAAAUUAUACUUUUCUAGUACACAUGGUACAUCAUAAAAUCAUGAGGAUUAUAUGAUUACAUUCCAGGUAUUUGUUAUAAUUAUGAGCCACUCACUAAUUUUAUAUGUAAAAUAAAAAUAACUUGUGUCAGUAUUUUGUAAAAAGUACCACAAGGUGUACGCAGUGCUGUACACGGUAUACAUUGUAAAGCAUCUUAACUGUAAGGGAGGAUCAAAGCACAUAAGUAUUAAAUGUGGGACCACAGACUGGGGAGACAUAUGAGCAGCUGAAGGGGAAGACAAGGGAGCAGGGCACUGGUGACAUGGAUAGUUCUGGGGAAGAACAAGAGGCUGGAGGGCCCUGCCCAUAAUAACUACGGCAAAGUCUUGUGAUGUGGUCAUUUUUGCUUAUCAUAUGCCUUGUUCAAACACUUAUGUGCUCUUCAGGUGUUGUAGAACUACACAUCCUAUCAUGCCCUGCCACUGGUUUGCUAUUUGGCCAUGCUAAAACUGUUGCAAUACUAUAAAGUGGUAUAGGUCUAUCUGUCUUGUUGCCUGCUAGUUAAUGCUAGCCCAAAUUGUCAGUCUGCUGGAACGACUACCAUGUUUCUCUAUACUUGACUGAUGGACGUUUCAUCAUAGGGAGUAACCCUAGUCCUUCUUAGUAAUUUUAACCACUUGCCUGGCAUGGCCACGACUACACCAAGCUGCGGUUUCCCUGACAUGGUCACAUCUGAUGUGACCAGUCCAAAAGACCCACUGGGCAGCCGCUAGAAGAUAAGCUUCCAGCAGCUGCCUCUAAGCCGUACCUCCCGGCCCUUCUGCUUCCUGGUUCCCUCCCCCAGUUCCUGCCGUACAAGUGAUCACUGCUGAUCGGGCACCCCCCACCCAGCGCCUGCAGAGAGCUGCUCGGGAAAGGUAGAAAAGCAGCCCUCACCUUUCCUGUGUCCACCCUGCGGCUGCUGUGAGGAGCGUCCGGCGGAAAAAUGUAAAGGCGCAAUGGUUGUGAAGUUCCAAUCAUUGGUGGUUCAAUAUACUGACCAACGAAUGUUUUAAGAGUUG